CUUAUGAGGAAAGAGCUUAUCUUUCUGUUUUUCCUAUAUACAACAGUCAAAACAGAUCUGACUGUGAUCUGGCUACUAUAUACAACUAUGGUGAACAUUUAAUGAUUCCUCUCAUAUUAUCCGUGACUUUGGAGUACUUGUUCCUUGGGAAUAGUCUUUCCUAACAAAAGACAUGAGUUGGGCAUUUCUUCGUGAUGUCUUGAGUGGAGUUAAUAAAUAUUCCACAGGAAUCGGGAGAAUAUGGUUGUCUGUGGUGUUCAUAUUCCGGGUGCUUAUCUAUGUAGUAGCUGCUGAGAAUGUUUGGAAGGAUGAGACCAAGGAUUUUGACUGCAACACCGAACAACCAGGCUGUAAAAAUGUCUGCUUUGACUUCUACUUUCCCAUCACACAAGUCCGGCUAUGGGCUUUACAACUGAUUCUGGUCUCAACACCUUCACUGCUAGUUGUUCUCCAUGUGGCAUAUCGGGAGAACAGGGAGAAGAGAUACAAAAAGAAGAUAUACAAGGACACUGCAGAAAUGGAUGGUGGACUGUGGUGUACAUACAUCAUUAGCCUUGUCUUUAAGGCUACUUUUGAAAUUGGUUUCAUGGUCAUAUUUUUUUGGUUGUAUGGUGGACUUAACAUGCCACUGCUUCUCAAAUGCAGCAUCGAACCAUGUCCUAAUAUAGUAGACUGCUACAUUUCACAGCCAACUGAGAAAACUAUUUUUCUUUAUAUCAUGGCUGUCACCUCAGGGCUGUGCAUUGUACUAAACGUGGCGGAAUUAACAUAUCUACUCUUCAAACGACUUUGGGAGUGUCAGAGUAAGAAGUAUGAAGCAAUACGUAGCUCCUCAGGAAAACGCAAGCAACAUAAGAAUCAGCAUGAAAUACUGCAGCAGCACUUUAAGAAGACAGAUUCAAAUGACAUUUGUCAUGCAGAUGAAAAACUGGAAAGACAUUGCUCAUCAGACAUUGCAUAAUAAUGACAAACUCUUAGAUAACUAUAGCAGGUUUUAGCUGGUUGCUUUAUGUGAUCAUGAUGCCAUUUUCCUGGAAAUGUACUUUAAAAAUAAUGCCUUGGAUACAUAAAUCAGUGUACUUAGCUCCUUCACUAAGGAUAGCCAUAAGGGUAGCCAAAAGGCCUUCUUUAGCUACAUUGGUAACCUUAAAGGAAAAACCCAGAUUUGUGCAGAACUGGUUGCUAAUGGCACCACAUAUACUGAGCCCGCAGAAAUAGUCAACCUGCUAGCUGACAGGUUCAGUGAAAACUUAUCCCCCUGUCCCUGCCACAUAUCCCCCAAAGCAUCCCUACCACCUGCCCUCUACCUAGUAUCUCCAAGUAGCAGGUUGAAAACACUCACUCCAAAGCCAGAAACAUAGCCUCUUUGGGACCUGAUAAUAUCCCAGGCUGUGCUCUAAAUGGAUUAAAAGAGGAACUAGCUGCACCACUGGGUGUUCCUUUUAACCACAGUCUAAGCAUUGGUUUUGUACCUACUGAAUGGAAAACAGCAACCGUCAUCCCAUUACAUAAAGGAAGCACCUCCACUGACCCUGGGAACUAUAGACCCGUACG